UUCAAUCAUUUUAGUAAUGUGAAAGUUUCAAAAAUUAUCACACGGGAAUCAAAAUUGAAUGCUAAGAACAAAAUGUAAUCUCUCUUAUUCCAUUUCAAACAUUUUAAAUUAUUUUUUCCACUUGUAUACGCCAAUUGAGAAUUCGCUUUCAAUUUGCAUUUUGAGUUUCAUUUAAAUUCUUAAGAUAAUUAAAGUAAUCUUGAAUUGGGAUGGAAGCACUUGGAGUAUUUGCAUAAAGUUCAUUUCUAUACCAGAAGGGAAAAUGGGUUUGCAAACAUAUAUUGUUCUGGUAUUUCUACCAGGGUUUGUGGUCAGCCAGGGAAUAGACCAGCACAAAAAUUUCAAUUUAAUAAAUGAGGAAAGAUGUGGAAUACCGAAGGCAGCACAACGACAAAUUCAUCAUGGAGCAAAAGCUACCGCAGGUCAAUUUCCUUGGAUGGUUUUAAUAACAGCUAAUUUGAUAGAAAAAUUAAAUGAAUCACAUUCGAUCUCAUCCCCAAUUACUUGUACUGGAACAAUAUUAAAUGCCAAGUACAUUUUGUCAGUUGCUCACUGCUUCGUGGUCGAUCCGCCCUAUGAACUACAUAAUAUUGAAUUCACAAUACCUGAAAUCGGACCCAUUACAGAACCGAACAAGAAGAAAAAAGUUUACCAUGGCGAAUAUGUAAUAAGACAUCCUGAGUACAGAACCACAUAUUUUUGGAAUGACAUAGCUAUAAUCAGAGUCAAAGGAACUAUCGAAUUCUCUGACACUGUUGGUCCAAUUUGUCUGGAGCAUGGAAGACUGCUGGAAGAGGAUUAUACUGGAGUUAUGGCCUCGGUUGCUGGGUUCGGAGUUUACGAUUUCAAGGACGUAUUUUCGAAUAAUUCGUUGGAAAGAAACAAUCCUGUAAUAGAUAAUGACCUCCGCUAUCUGCCCAAUUUUCCAAUAGUAGACGAUGAACAGUGCAUAGACUAUAUUGCAGAUUGCUGUCAAGAGCUUGUUGAAUCGAUAAAUAGAUCUGUACUCAACUCACAGAUCUGUGCUGGUGGGGAGGUUGAGAAAUUCGCUUAUACAGGGGAUUCGGGGGGCCCUCUAAUGGUGAUACAAUCUGAAAAUAAAGGGGGUGCACCACGGCAUUACCAGGUGGGGAUCACCAGUUUUUCCAAAACUGCUACCACUUUAAAGUACACCUAUCCGAAUGUUUUUGUCAGAGUUCGCUACUAUAUUGAAUGGAUUCUGGAUAAUAUGGAACCCGCCGGUUGGCUAUCCGAAUGAGCCAGCCAAUUCCAAGUCCAUCUGAUGUGAAAUCUAUUGAAUAUGAAAUGUAUUAAAUACUAUUACGUAUGA